GAAGGACAAAAAUACUAUUCAGCCCCUUUUAAUUUAUCCUCGUAUAUGAAUAGGGUUUUUGAGUGCCAUUGCAAUACCAUAAAGCUCUCGCAAUCACCGUAAGCUUCAGUAUCUGCAAUCGUUGGAGGCCUUUUGCAUUCAGGUUUGAUUUUUGUCCGAUUGUUCAUGUGUUGGAGAGAUGUAUUCCUCUCGAGCGAGUAAUGCCUAUGGGCAAUCAUAUGGCGGCCAAUCUGGGUAUUCUCAAAACCCGGGGUCUGCAUAUUCUGGGAGUUCUGUAGUCGGGCCAGAUAUGGGCUCCCAACAUCCCCUGUCUUCUCGGCAUCCGUCAAUACUAAGCAAUUCGCAGGAAGCUGACAUUGUUAGGUAUCGACCUCAUCCUUUAUCCGCAGCACACUAUGGGGGCCAAUAUGGAUCUGUGUAUGGGUCAACUGCUUUGACAACUGCUCAACAGGUUCCUGCAAUUAAUGCCAAGGGAACUGGUCCAUCAGCUUUGGAAGGUCGUGGGUUCUAUUCCUCUGCACUGCCUGAUUCACCUAAGUUUGCAUCUCGUGACUAUGUCUCGUCGUCAAGCCAUGGAUACAGUCACAAAGGUAAUCAAAUAUUUGCAGAGAAGAUUUCAGAUUAUCCUGCAAUGGACAGACGGCAGUACAGUGAUCGACAAGGUGCUUAUAUGGUUAGGGACUUGCAAGGAGAACCAACUGGAAGAUAUAUUGAUUCUGUUGGUUUAUCUACUCAACACCAGCCAGAUAUUUAUGAUCAAAUUGAUCAAGCGUCACGUCUUCGGCAAGAACAUCUGCUAAAAUCUCAGUCACUGCAAUCUCCUUCUCUUGAUGGGAGUGCCAGACAAAUUGAUUAUCUUGCAGCGAGGGGUGCUGCUGGUCGUCAUUCCGCUCAAGAUACUGUAUCUUAUGGAGGAAGAAUGGAUGCUGACCCUCACAGUUCAUCAAUGCUCAAUGCCUCUUCAUAUGAUGGGCAGCAUGCUCCUUCUAUAUUGGGGGCAGCACCACGAAGAAAUGUGGAUGAUCUCUUGUAUCCACAAAGUUCAUCAAAUCCAGGUUAUGGAGUAAGCUUGCCUCCUGGUAGGGACUAUGGCACCGGAAAAGGGCUUCAUGGCACAUCUCUGGAGUCAGAUUACCCGGGUAGUUCGUUGUUGCGUGGUGGUGUUCCAAGGAUUGAUGAGCAAAGGGAUGACAAGGCUACGUAUCUUCGAGAAUUUGAACGUAGAGAGGAGGAGCGACGUCGGGACCAUUUGCGUGAGAGGGAGAAAGAAAGAGAAAGGGAGAAGGAGCGUGAACGCGAUCGUGAUCGUGAACGUGCACGGGAGCGAGAUCGUGAAAGAGAUCGAGAACGAGAUAGAGAACGGAAAAGAAAACAUGAUAGGGAACGCAUCUUGGAGUUGCGAGAAAAGGAAAGGGAGCGAGAACGCAAACGCGGGAUUGAACCUCGACGUGAACGAACUCCACCAAGACCGUCCACGGAUCAUCGCAGUUCUUCUUUGAUAAAGGAGGGGAAAUCAUUACGACGGGAUUCCUUAAGCCAUGAAGUUCUGCAUAGGCGCCACUCACCUGUUAAAGAAAAAAGGAGAGAAUAUGUCUGCAAGGUUCAUUCAUUCAGUUUGGCAGCUGAGGAAAGGGAUUAUUUGUCCAUUGAUAAGCGGUAUCCCAGACUUUUCAUAGCUCCAGAAUUUACCAAAGCUGUCAUGCAUUGGCCAAAGCAGAACCUUAAACUUUCAAUCCAUACUCCUGUCAGUUUUGAACAUGAUUUUGUUGAAGCCGACAAUGUAGCUGAGUUGACAAAUCCCUCCAGUGAGCCUUUAGCUGAGGAUCGUGUGAAACUGGCUCAUGGAAGCACAGUUUGGAAUGCAAAGAUUAUUUUAAUGAGUGGACUUAGCAAGAAUGCUCUGGAAGCUUUGUCGUCUGAGAGAAUCUUUAAUGACCGCGUACCCCAUAUUUGCAAUAUACUUAGAUUUGCUGUCCUUAAAAGGGACCGCUCUUUCAUGGCAAUUGGUGGUCCAUGGAGUUCUGCUGAUGGUGGUGACCCAUCAGUUGAUGAUUCUGCUUUAAUUCGAACUGCCCUGAGAUAUGCAAAGGAUGUCAUUCGACUCGAUCUGCAAUCCUGCCGUCAUUGGAAUCGUUUUCUUGAGAUACACUAUGACAGAGUUGGGAAGGAUGGGUUCUUUAGUCAUAAAGAGGUCACUGUACUUUUCCUUCCUGAUUUGUCUGAAUGUCUUCCUUCAUGGGAUACGUGGCAAGAUCAGUGGCUUGCUCAUAAGAAGGCUUUUUCUGAAAGAGAGAGAGAACUUCAUUUGCAAAAAGAGAAAAUUCAAGAGAGAAAGGAAAGGCUUAAAGGCGUGAACAAAUCAGACAAAAACAGUGAGUCAGCAUCUUCUGGAGAGGCAGUGGAAGUCAACAAGGCAAAAGAAGGGAAUUCGAUGAAAGGUAUUGCAGGUGAGGGACAAUGUGAUGAACAUGAAAAGAAGUAUGGAACAAAGGAUGGGGGCAUGAACGAAGGAGGCAAGAUUGUUGAGAAGGAACAGGGAGAAGCAGGUGCUCAGACAGCUGGCAGUGCAAAGCCUGGAAAAAAGAAGAUUAUAAGGAAGAUUGUCAAGCACAAGGUUGCCGGUAAAAAACUUGAGAAUACUGGUGGCAAAAAGGACUCCUUAGAUGAGAAGGAUGUUGGAGAAAAAGAUGCACAACUGGAGACCUCGAGUGAACAGAAUAAAUCUUCAGCUAAACCUGGUGAGAUUAGCACUUUUGUAAGGAGAAAAGUUACAAAAAAGGUUACUGUGUGUAGUAUUGCCGAAGAAACAGAUAAGGAUGUGCAGCCUGAGAUAAAAGCCACCAAUGAUGCUGACUGCUCUGAAGACAAACCAAAGGAUAAAUCUGAUCCUGGAAGCACUUCAAUUGUGAAAGAUGCUACUACAAAAACAACCAUAAAGAAGAAAAUUAUUAAGAGGGCACCCAAGAAAAAAGCAACUGGUGUAGAGCCAAGCGAUACUGAACCAGUUGAAAAGCAUGCUGCAGAUGCAGUAGAAGAUGCAAGUGAAGUCAAGAAAUCCACCAAGAAAGUAGUUUCUAAAAAGAAAAAAGCAGCAGUUGCUGACAAGAAAGAUAAUGUGUCCAUUUCAUGUAAGACUACUGUUGUGGCUGAAAAGGAGGAUAAGAUGUCUGCAGAGGAAAGUGAUAUAAAAAAUGGCUCGGGGGCUGUAGUUGAGAUGGAGGCUGAGAAGAAGAAAACUACUCUGAAGGUUGAUCAAGUUGGCAAUAGAGGAAAGCCAAAAGACAAGAAAGAAAAAAAGGACAUGGAUGGGAACGAUGAGUCUAGAAGCAAGUCUGGUAAAGAAGUGAAAGGAAAGAGAAAACUUGAAGAACUUCCCCGUCACCCUGGGUUGAUAUUACAAACAAAAGGGAGCAAUGACUCUAAGCUGCGUUCAUUAUCAUUGUCAUUGGAUUCCUUAUUGGAAUACACUGAUAAGGACAUUGAGGAAUCAACAUUUGAGCUUUCAUUAUUUGCGGAAUCAAUUUGUGAAAUGCUUCAAUAUCAAAUGGGCUCUCGAAUUUUACUGUUUCUGCAGAACUUGCGAAAAAGGUUUGUGAUGAAAAGAAAUCAACGCAAGAGGCUACGGGAAGAAAAGCACGAGGACAAAAAUGACAAGAAAUCACCAUCGAAGCUUCUGAAAACCAAUGAACUUCCUGUGAAAAGCAAACCAAUUAAUUCUGGAAUGUCAAAUGCAGCUCAACCAGAUGAUGAAAAAGCUGCAGCUCAACCAGGUGAUGAAACAGCUGCAGCUCAAUCAGGUGAUGAAAAAGCUGCAGCUCAACCUGAUGAUGCCAAAAUUAUGGCUGAUGAGGGUAGAUCUGCAGAGCUUAUUGAAGAUACAAAACUGGAAUAUGAAUCUGAUGUUGAGGAGGACCCAGAGGAAGAUCCAGAGGAAUAUCCUGAAGAAUAUGAUGAGGUGGAGGAUCCAAAUGGUGGAUCUGAUUCUAACGAGAUGAACUUAGGAGAAGGGAAGACUGAGGAGGAUGCUGAGCUUGAAAAGGUGAAAGUGAAUAAAAAUGAUGAUCCCAGACAAUCUGCCAAGGAAAUUAUUGAUAUGGAAGUUGACCAGGCAAUACCCAAGUUUGAUGUGGAUUCACCUGAUAAAGUAGAGUCCAAGGUGGAGUCAGAGAAGAAAGAGCCUCUGACAAGGAAGGUGGCCGUGGUUGAUAAAGAGCUAUUGCAGGCAUUUAGGUUCUUUGACCGGAAUCAAGUAGGCUACCUAAGAGUCGAGGACUUGAGGUUGAUUAUCCACAACUUGGGGAAAUUUCUCUCGCACAGGGAUGUCAAGGAACUUGUGCAAAGUGCGUUGUUGGAGAGCAAUACCGGAAGGGAUGACCGCGUUCUCUACAAUAAACUCUUGAGGAUGUGAUGUUUUAGAAUGGAGUGUUUCUGGGUUUUAGUCUGCUUGAAGACUUGGUAAAGCCCUUGAAUUUCUUUUUUUUUGUAACCUUAAAGAGGUGAAAAAAAAAUGUUUGUUCACACAUUUCAUCCAUCGAAAUUGAGAAUUUGGCAAGCAGGGCAACGUUUCCAUA